UCCUCACAAACUCCAAAUCCGCUGUUGCCCAUUCCUGAUUCAUAGCAGAAAACAGCGAGCUUACGGGAGAGGGGGGCGUCAGCAGAAAACCUGUUCCUCACAAACUCGAAAUUCAGGAACCCAUUCUGAAUCUGAAUCUCCUAUGAAUAAACCACGGGCUGGUUAACUGAUACUACCUUCAUGACAGUGCAUCUUAGGAAAUAAUCCCCUUUUUAUAGUCAGAAGAUACGACACAUGACGACGACAGCGGCCGGCUCCGGCUCCGGCCGUGAUUGAUUCGAUUUCGGUAGCUAUGAGAUGAGAUAUCAUCUACUUACUACGCUUGUAGCUUUCCAACAUUUGACUAUAAUAGUGCAAUCAUCCACGCUUGUAGUUGUAGCUUUCCAACUUUUGACUAUAAUAGGCUCCGGCUCCGGCCAUGAUCGAGCAUGUGCUGUUAACCGUUCCAUUCAAUCUUGCUCCUCAGAUAGUUUAUUGUGUCGGCCGUCUUGAACUUGGCUGCCAAGCUGCCGCCUGUGUCUCACAUGGGAUUCUUUACUCCACUUGACCCAGAGGCACCUUCAACUUGGCUGCCAAGCCAUCGAGUGCCUCCGUUUCCUCUUGGUUUCCUUACUGAAUUUGUCCUCGAGUGGCGGGCCUAUACAACGUUUAUGAGGUUGAUUAGUAGUGUUAGUAUAUGCUUUCACAAACAUGAUAAAUACACCCCUCACUUCACCUGUUAACACCUACCUUCUUCAGAACCAGAGCUUGAGAUUUCAGGUAUGUUGCCAACCAUGGAGGUGCCCCUUGUUGGGGGCAGUAGCAGCACUGAGGAGACAGGAUGCCCAAAAGAGAGCUUGGUGGUGAUUGAGGUUAAGAAGCAGCUGUACCUCGCCGGGCCUCUCAUCACCGGAUGCCUGUUGCAGAAUGUCGUGCAGAUGAUAUCGGUCAUGUUUGUUGGCCAUCUAGGGGAGCUCGCUCUCUCGAGUGCCUCCAUCGCCACCUCCUUUGCCAGUGUCACCGGCUUCAGCCUGUUGUCUGGCAUGGCGAGCAGCUUGGACACACUGUGUGGGCAAGCCUUCGGGGCAAGACAGUACCAUCUGCUCGGCAUCUACAAGCAGAGGGCAAUGUUCGUGCUCACUCUGGUGAGCGUUGUGGUUGCGGUGGUCUGGGCGUACACCGGCCAGAUCCUCCUGCUCUUCGGCCAGGACCCGGAGAUUGCCAUGGGGGCACAGAGCUACAUUCGGUGGAUGAUUCCAUCACUGUUCGCUUACGGACUGCUGCAGUGCCAUGUCCGGUUCCUCCAGACGCAGAACAUCGUCCUCCCGGUGAUGGCGAGCGCAGGCGUCACCGCGCUGAGCCACGUGCUUGUGUGCUGGUUGCUCGUGUACAAGCUUGGGCUUGGCAACAAGGGCGCUGCCCUGGCCAAUGGCAUCUCGUACCUGGCCAAUGUGUCAAUCUUGGCUAUCUACAUCAGGGUCUCUCCAUCCUGCAGGAGCACCUGGACAGACCUCUCAAAAGAGGCGUUUCACGACAUCCUUAGCUUCAUGAAGCUUGCCGUGCCAUCUGCGUUGAUGGUUUGCCUAGAGUGGUGGUCUUUUGAGCUGCUGGUACUUCUCUCCGGACUUCUCCCAAACCCUAAACUGGAAGCAUCGGUGUUGUCCAUUUGCUUGAACACAGGUUCAUUAGCAUUCAUGAUCCCCUUCGGUCUUGGGGCAGCCAUAAGCACCCGUGUUUCAAACGAGCUUGGUGCUGGGCGACCUGAAGCUGCCCGUCUGGCUACUCGUGUGAUCAUGGUUCUGGGCCUCGCGACUGGUGUGUCUUUAGGACUUAUUAUGCUCUUGGGGCGCAAUCUAUGGGGGUACGCAUACAGCAACGAGAAUGAGGUGGUGGAAUACAUUGCGAGAAUGAUGCCGCUUCUUUCCGUGACGUUCAUUUUCGACGAUCUACAAUGUGUUCUUUCAGGUAUUGUUAGGGGCUGUGGCUUGCAAAGGAUUGGUGCUUGUGUGAAUCUCAGCGCGUACUACCUUGUCGGCAUUCCGGCAGCACUAUGCUUUGCCUUUGUCUACCAUCUUGGCGGGAUGGGGCUGUGGUUCGGAAUAAUCUGCGGGAUAGUGGUACAGAUGCUGCUGCUGCUGGGCAUUACCAUGCGCACCAACUGGGAUAAAGAGGCUCUCAAAGCAAAGAACAGAGUUUUCAGUUCGUCCCUGCCUCUAGACAUGACGACAUGAACAUGGAACAUGAUGCAUAAUUGAUCUUGGCCAGGACCAGGACGCUAACUGGGCAAAGGAGAUAAGGAACUUGUUAAGAAUUUAGAAUUGGUCACGGCUUCGUCCCCAUGUUACCAGCAUGGCACACGAAAUGAUCUGAUUUGGUGGUGUUUGUCAUGGAUAUGGCACUAUGGAUGAAAUAGAAUAUGGCGGUAGAUAUUAAUAUGGAGAAGAUAAAAAAAAAGAGAAAGUCUUACAUCGACGAGGCUAAUCAACGGGCUAUGGAGAUGCCCAUCAAUUGAUGAGUAGGGAUUGUCAUGCAACAGAUGCACUAAGAGCUGUAAGUGUAUGAAAACUCAAAAUGAAAAUGAAGUGGGUGUGCAUUCAACUUGUUUGCUCUAGAAGACCUCAGGCAUUUGAGGAAGCCCAUCAUCGGAGUAGACAAGCCAAAUUCUAUAAUGAAAAAUUCCCACUAAUUAUAUGAAAGUGACUACAUAGGAGACUCUCUAUAUGAAAAAUAUGGUGCUACUUUGAAGCACAAGUGAGGAA